AUGAACAAGGAUAUUGUGAACCAAGGAUUUAAUGAAAUCUAUCCUGCAUUUGUUAUACCUGAAACAAGUCAUGAAGUUAUACUUAUCAAUCGAUACAUGUCGAUGGAAGUUAUGGACAAAGUGUUAAAUCACAUUAAGGAUUGUUAUCAAUAUUCGGUAGAUACUGAAAGUGAAAUGUCAACCCAUGAAUUAUCUAUUAUACAAUUUCAUACAAUUCCUCGUACAUUACCAUCACAAGUACUUAUUAUCGAACUAUCACAAUUACCAAAUCGGCAAUCUCACUUGUACGUAAAAAUCAAAGAAGUUUUUAGAUUAAUUUUUAGAUCACAUAAUGAAAUAUACUCAUGGGGGGACAUGAACCUCGAACUUGAAUCAGCAAAUUAUUUAUUCACAUGGCCAAUUACAUCAGAAUUAAUUAACCUUCAGUCGCACUUUCCUGGUUGGUAUGAAUGGGCUCGGACUCAAUGUAGGGUCCAGAGCCUGGAACAACAGGCGAUGGAGAAUAAUGAUAUUAUAGCUGAUCAACGAAAUUUAUCAGCAUCGUCAUGUAUAUGUCACCGUCCAAGUCCAUACAAUGAGCAUCAGCUCUGGUCAUUACAAAAAGCAUUUUUAUAUAGUUUUAAUUUAUUUAUAGAUAAAACAAGUACCUUGUCACAUUGGUCAUAUGGCCUAUCUUCAAUUGGCUCAUCACUGACACAUGUACAGCGUAAAAAAAUGAUAAAUUAUGCUAAAAAUGACGUGAUGGCGGUAACUUAUCUCAUUAGACCAAUUACCGAACAAUGGUCGCUUACAAGAACAAAAGAAUCAAGCAUUGAAGAAAUGUUUAUUACAUUUCAAUCAAAACGACCACCACCAUUACGUCAACCAAAAUCGAAAAACAAAAUAAAAAACAUUAAUGUUCAAAAAUUGUCGAAGAUAUUUACGUCCAUUAAUGAUUCUGACUAUGAAUUAAUAUCAUCAGAUGAUGAAAUUUAUUUAAAUCAAUUGAUAGAACCAGUUGUGAACGUUUAUUGUCCUAGAGAUCAAAUCAUUAAUGAUGAUAUGGCACAAGAUGUUAUUCGAGAUUUAGAUGAUAAUGUUAAUGUUGAAUUACAAAUUGAUGGACCGACAAUUGAUGUUAUAAUGAACAAUGAUGAUGAUCAAACGAACAGUGUUAACAAUCACUACGUGGUUGUUGACGGGAUGAAUAAUCCAACAGAACAUCAACAACAACGAAUCAAGAAAAAACGAUCACUUCAAGCAAAACAAAAAAAGAACCGCAAAAGAAACAACAAAUUACGAUUACAUCGAUAUAAAUAUUAUUUAACAAGAUCAUAUUAUCAUCGAUUUAAAUCAAGAUCCCUUAAAAAAGUUCUUCGAUAUUAUGAUGUGCAAUAUCGACAUAUAAAAUUUCAAGAUGAUAAAGUGGUUAUCGGUGUUAAAACUAAGGCAGCUCAACGUGAUUAUGAAGAAGCAUUGCCACACAAUUGUUUCAACAGGAGAAAUUAUUACCGAUUUAGAAGGUGA